GUGGGAGGGGUUUUCCCUGCUACUGCAGCCUGUCAGUCAGAGCUAUGACCACUUCCUGUGGGAGAAUGGAAAGACACUCCCAUUCAUCAUUUCAGCCUAGACGCUGAAGAGAAAGCAUCUCUCUGCAGUUCUGAUAUAAUGACAAUUUUAGGAGCUUCUCCAUAUGUACUGUGUAAUGCACCUAUGUGAAGUUCAUCACAACCUGGAGCUUCUUACUAAGAUGAUAUCUGACUGUACAGGAAGACAUCAUGACUGAGACACAGCACAUUUUUAGAUUGACUGUGCAUCGCUUCAUGGAUUUUCCUCUUUCUAUUUACAGUUCAUUUACACAGCUGAAGCCUACUCCUGGCCUGAAGAAAAUCAUUGCAGUAGCAGCAAUUAGUGGAGUCUCUCUUAUUUUCCUUGCCUGUCACCUUAAAAGAAAACGGGGUAAAAAGAAAAUCAAUGCGCCACAAACAGAACCAGGGCAAUUCAUUUUACAGUGUAGCAGACAUGUUGCAGAAAAAGGAUCCAGCUGCUCCAGUAGUAGGCAGAACUUGACUCUGUCCCUUGGUUCAAUCAAGGAGAGGGGAUCACAGUCACAUCUAAAUGGAGAUCUUUGUAGUAAAUAUUCUGGUUCUAUGCAGAGUUUAGCAUCGGUUCAAAGCUGUCAUAGCUGUGCCUGUAUAAAUUCUAAUUCAUGGGAUAAAACUGAUGAAGAUGAAAUAAAUAUCCCAGUCACUACUCCAGAAAACUUGUACCUCAUGGGAAUGGAAUUGUUUGAGGAGGCCUUAAGGCGCUGGGAGCAGGCACUGACAUUUCGAAGCAGGCAAGCUGAGGAUGAAGCCAACUGCAGCUCCAUUAAACUGGGAGCAGGAGAUGCCAUAGCUGAAGAGAACAUAGAGGAUGUUAUUAGUGCGGACUUCAUUCAUAAACUCGAGGCUUUGCUUCAGAGGGCAUAUCGCCUUCAGGAAGAGUUUGAAGCCACCCUAGGAGCAUCAGAUCCUGCAUCUUUAGCUAAUGACAUUGAUAAAGACACAGAUAUAACAGUAAUGGACAAUGGUGGCGAUUUCCAACAGAGAGACACACUGAGCAUUGCAUCCACAGACUCUUUUCUAUCAGCAGCCGAGCUUGCAGAUAACCAAGACAUGCGAGCUACGUGUGGACUGGACUCUCUCUAUCACCAUGCUUUGUAUGAGGAAGCUAUGCAAUUAGCAGAGGAAGGAAAAGUACACUGUAGGGUGCUUCGGACUGAAAUGCUAGAGUGCCUUGGUGACAGUGAUUUUCUUGCUAAACUUCACUGUAUUCGUCAGGCUUUCCAGGAAAUUAUUUUGCAAAGAGAAAACAGAAUAUUUUUAAUGGGCACAGGAAGAAAACUCCUGUCGGCUUUGAUUGUCAAAGCAAGAAAGAACCCAAAGAAAUUUGAAGAUGCCUACUUUGAUAUGAUGUCUUUCUUGGAACAGCCAGAUUCAUGGGAUACAGUAGAAAAAGAACUGUUGAGUAGAGGGAUGAAAUGCAUGAAUUUCUAUGAUAUUGUCUUGGAUUUCAUUGUGAUGGAUUCAUUGGAAGAUCUUGAAAAUCCUCCUUUAUCGAUCCAGAAUGUUGUCAGGAACCGGUGGCUAAACUCCUCCUUCAAAGAGACGGCUGUGACUUCAAGCUGCUGGUCUGUUCUAAGGCAAAAGAAGCAAGAGAUGAAGGUGCCCAAUGGAUUUUUUGCAAACUUCUAUACGGUUUGUGAGCAGUUAUGCCCUGUUCUGGCAUGGGGCUUCCUGGGUCCUAGAAGCUCUCUGCAUGAUUUGUGUUGCUUUUACAAGGCUCAAAUCAUGUACUUCCUGAAAGAUAUCUUUGACUUUGAGAAGGUGCGCUAUUCUGAUGUGGAACAUUUGGCAGAAGACAUCAUGAAGUGUCUGCAGCGUCGCACAGAACUCACUGUCGUUUACACAGGGGAAGAAUCAGCAAGGCGCCCACCUGUGCUAAACUAACAACCUUGUCUAAUGGAUUUCACAGACAGAAUAGUCACCGAUUCCUCAAAUGCACUGCCAAGUAGUCCAUUCACUGAAAUAUACAUUCAUCCUAAAUAUGUAAUGGGCUUAAAGCUGCUUGUAAAUGUAACUGCAACUAUAAGCAGUAUUUGUGCGUCCCUUUCUGGUUCUGACUCUUGGGGACAGAUUUAUCAAGGGUCAAAUUUGGGAAACUCUGAAAUUCAAAAAGACCAACUGAAAUUAAAUCAAAGGUUUUUUUUGGCCAAAUAGGCCCGUUUUUGAUCAAAUAGGUCCGUCCGUUUUUGAUUAAAUUCAAAGUUUUUCCCAAAAAAAACCUUUCAUUUUUCAAAGUUUACCAAUUGACUCCAAAUAGUUUCUAGGAGUUACCCCAUAGGCUAAAAUAGCAAUUUGGCAGCUUUAGCGAAUGGUCGAAGUCUAAUUUUCAAAGAGACAGUACAUGAUAAAUUUCAAAAUUCAAAUUUUUUUCAAAUUGAAUUUUGACUAUUCACUAGUCGAAGUACACAAAAAUUACUUUUUUAAAUUCAAAUUUUCACUUCGACCUUUGAUUAAUGUGCCCCUUGAUGCAAUGUAGCAAAACCGCUAAACCCCUAGGUUUGUUAAUCAGCUGUUACAGUUUGUUUCAUUAUGCACGGACACCCCCUUUACGUUUAAUGCAUAUUAGCCUGCUCAGGAGCAUCACUUUGAUUCUCCCAGCUAAUUUUCAUUUGUUUGUAAAUAUUUUAAAUGAUUCACGACGAAGCUUGAACACAACAAGUUUUAAACCGAAUAGGAUGAACAUACAAAAUGUAUUUUUAAACCGUCCAGUUAUUCAGAAAUUACAAUGAAAAAGACCUUGCUUAACAUAUAUGCCCCUUAAAAUCUGCUCAUUAUACUGCACUCAGGGAGAAUUUGAUAGCAACAGUACAAAGAGCAUUUUCCCUGCUUAUAAUGUGGUUUAUUUGGGAUGGCUUAUGGCUAGUUGCCACUUAUUGCACUUCACCAUGUGUGUAUUUAAUAUUGCUUUCUAGCAGGCAGUUAUUAACGUCCAGGUAAUGCUCAUUUCUUUAAUGUACAUUAACAGAAGUUUUCGGGGUUGCCUAUUUAUAAAGAGAGAACAGGUUUAGAAACCAAAUCGGAGCUCACCCCUUCUUAAGAUGAAACGUUUCCCACUUCGACCGCAGCUCUCGCGGGAUCCUCCUCACUCCGGCAAGGAAGCAACAAUCAAUGCACAAUCCUCCGUGGAGCGGGGUAGGAUUGUGCAUUGCCUAUUUAUAAACCUACAGAAAAUUUCAGUCUAAAGCUGGACAUAGAAGUGCAGAUUUACCUUCAUAUUGGACAAACGAUCGUUUGUUGCCAUCUCCCGACCUGCCACUUACCAGUCAGAUCAAAUAAAAUAGUAAAAGAACAGAUCAGCGAAUGUUCUGCCCCUGACAGCAAUCGUACGAUAGUUAUGUCCGACAAAAGCUGGUGACAGACUCCCACGGAUAUCGGCAACACAUGCAGAGAUAUUAUCGGUAGCCGACAGAAAUUUUCUAACCUGUGAACGACCGAUCGUCAUGGCAUGAAAAAUGUCGGGGCACAACACACGAUCCUACAAACGCACGAAAUGAAGAUUCGGACGAUAAUCUCUGCACGUCUAUGGCCAUUUUAAGUCAGAAGAAUGCACAAUCAUGUAGCAGAUAUUUCUUUAUUUCAAUAGCAUUUCAACUUAUUGUACAUGAUUCCUAAUGGUAAGUAAAAGUGUUUAUCUCUCAUUAAGCCUCUGUAAGGUAAUCGUGGGAAUUUACCUGGUCUGAGCUGAUGAACAAACGACAGCACUAGUAUAACUCAAUGGCGGUUUUCUUUAUAAUUUGGACAAGGAUAGAAAAACACUGAAGCUGAAGCAGAACCUGCAUUCAGUAAGUAUUAGCAGUUUCUUCAAAGUUCUAGGUUGCACUACAACAUUUUAUAAAUAAGCCCCUAAAUGUACUUUGUAUGUAAAUGAGAGUACAUAACAACAAUCAUGUUUUUGUGUUAAUAUUUUUCAAAUCUUGUGCAUUAUCUGUGGCGUAUGUGACCCAUUUUUGUUUUGUCUGCGCCAACUAACUAAAACCUCUUACAGAAGAAUUUCUUUUUUUAACUGCUGGACAGCAGACCUUCCAGUUACAGUGGAUCGUGGAUGUUCUUAGGUUGGCCACAAAUGGAAAGAUCCACCCAUUCAAACUGACUGAAAGCUGUACUUAGUAGCACGUUUGGGAGACUCGGCCAAUAAAGGCUCUGGUGAUUCAUCAGGCAGUGAAAUAAAUUGAUCACCCAAGAUGCCUUGGAGUCAAAUUGCCAUUUUGCCCUGUAAACCUAAAAUGUACUUGGUCAAAAGAGUUUCUGGUUUCCAGCAUGUUCAGUCUGAAUCUCUUCAGAAUUUAAAUGGGUGGCAAGUGGAAAGCCAAACUCUAUCCAGUUUUUACUAGGUGACCUACAUCAUAUGGGUCAGCUUAUAAAGAUAUUUAAAAUUCAAGGCAAAGACAAGACUGAUAUGUUUUCCAUUUACAUAGAUCCAUGACUAACAGGCAAUAAUGCAUGAAAGCAGAAAAUGUUAUUUCCAUAACUGGAUGUUCAAUAAUUGAACCAAUACAUUUGGUGAAUGGAUCCCUACUCUGAAGUUUCCUGGUGGGGCAUCAUCUGUAUUGAGACUUAAAACAAGCUGUGCCAUUUCUAGACCGCUAAGACUCAAACCGCCCCAUACAGGAUCAAUAUAAAGCACUUCAACCAUCCUUUGGUCUUUGCCAGACUUUCUAUAUUGCCAGUUCAGUCCCUAAACAGUUUAAUGGGGGACACCAUGUGCUUAGCAUGCCCUUGAAAUAUCAUAGAGUAAAAAAAAAACGAUGGGAUAGGGAUGCAACAAAUUUUGGUGUUCCCCCAGCAGGGGCAAGUUAAAAAGAGCCGCACAGGAAAAAAAAUUGCAACUUCCUUGUUUGUGAUUUUUAGCAUUUGAAAUCUUGGUGAAAAAGGCUGAAUCCUGGAUUCAGGGCAUCCCUGCUAGGGGACGUUAAAUGUGCCUGGGACUGUAAAUAGGAUGUGUAAAAGCAUUAUGAUUCGUUUGUACCGAUUUGUUUUAAAAAAAUAACUUCUAAUGUGUAUUGCUGUUUGUUUGAGUGUGCAUUUGUGUAUAAAAGAAGUUGUGCAUGUUCUAGUUGCCAGAUGAAUCCACUAUACUUUUAUAUUCACCCAAGUAAUGAAAGACACUUGUAUGUUUAUAAUUGUCUUAAAGGACCUCAAAUGAAGAGAAUAGUUUACAGCACUGUUUACAUUUUAAAGGACCAAUCUUGAAAUCAGAAGUUUUAUGUAGGGCCGUGUGAUGUUCCCUGAUGCUGCAGCCUAUCCAAAUACACAUGCUAUAGGCAGCACACUAAUGGAGUCAUUAGGAUAUAUCCUUGCUGGUCGUCUUUUUGGUUUUGAGCUUCAUUAAUGCUGAAAUUUUCCAUUGGGACCUUCUAGCACAAAUGUUUACACGCGUGUAAAUAACGAGAGCUAUUGUUGAUCACGUAAUCAAGAACAAAGUUGCAAAGUCUCAUAUCUAGAGAAUUUAUCUUCACUGUCUAUUACUAUUAUCAUCAACAUGUAGUUAUAUAGCGCCAACAUAUUGCGUAGUGCUGUAGUUUUAUAAUACCACAUAAUAAAGCAACAUUCAACUGGAAUACAUCCACAUAGAACAGACCUACGGUUCAUUUUUAUGCGUGUAUUUGUAACGGUGCAAUGAAUCCCAUCAAUUGUGUUUGUUGCUGCUAUAAAUACAAUGGCGAUAUCACUUUAUAUAGCUUAGAACAACUAGUAGAUGCAUUGAUGCUUGAUCUCAGUCUGACAUCAUCAACCUGGUUCUCAUACAUAUGAAAGGGGAGCAAAAAUCCCAGUGUGCCAUAGGACACAUACUGCCAUUUUAAUUCAUUUUUGCCAUUAAUGGACUUCUAUUUAUCUAAAAUGCUUCAUGUAUCGUAUUGUAAUUUCCACUAUUCAAUUGUAGAUAAUCCACACAAAGAUUUGUGUGCGUUAUAAAAUGAAAAAAAAAGCUUUAUUUUUCAGCGGUUUCUUUUUAAACGUGCCUAUCCCGUCUACACAUGAAUGUUUUAAGAGUUGAAAGUAUAUUUACAUAAAUAUUUAAGCCACGGCAAAUUUACACUGAAAUUGUCGGAUGUCAAACAGUUUUGCAUAGCUCAGUGAUCGUAUUGUAUAUUUGUGACAGCUUUCUAAUUGGAAUGAUAAGAACACAGAAAAUAAAUAAAUGUCUUGCUUCACAUAUACAGUAUAUAACUUGGAUAUUUUUUGCUAAUUCAAUAAAACAAAUAUUAAACCUU